CUUCCCGAAGAAUUACCAGGGCAAAUCUCAUUAGACACCAGGGAAACGGGCUUUCAUUCAACUCCAGAAGAAGUAAACCAUCUGGAAAAUUUGUGAUGAAAUGUUCAUUGCUUUUGCCUCUUUAUUCUUCAUCCUAGUCUCAAUCACAACCUUUUGCCUGGAAACACAUGAGGCUUUCAAUACUAUUAUAAACAAAACUGAGCAGGUUGUCAACGGGACAGAAGCUGUUCUACAGUAUGAAAUUGAGACAGAUCCUGCUCUGACAUACGUGGAAGGAGUCUGCGUGGUGUGGUUUACAUUUGAAUUUUUAGUCCGUGUUGUUUUUUCCCCGAACAAACUUGAAUUCAUCAAAAACCUGUUGAAUAUCAUUGACUUUGUGGCCAUCCUGCCCUUUUACCUAGAAGUGGGCCUGAGUGGGCUUUCCUCCAAAGCUGCUAAGGAUGUGCUUGGUUUCCUCAGGGUAGUAAGGUUUGUGAGGAUCCUGCGAAUCUUCAAACUCACCCGCCACUUUGUGGGCCUCAGGGUGCUGGGCCACACUCUGCGAGCCAGCACCAAUGAGUUUUUGCUGCUGAUAAUAUUCCUGGCACUAGGUGUUUUGAUAUUUGCUACCAUGAUCUACUACGCAGAACGAGUGGGAGCCCAGCCCAACGACCCGUCAGCGAGCGAGCACACGCAGUUCAAAAACAUCCCUAUCGGCUUCUGGUGGGCUGUUGUCACCAUGACAACCCUUGGGUACGGGGAUAUGUAUCCGCGGACUUGGUCAGGCAUGCUGGUGGGGGCCCUGUGUGCUUUGGCUGGGGUGCUGACCAUAGCCAUGCCCGUGCCUGUUAUUGUUAACAAUUUUGGAAUGUACUACUCCCUGGCGAUGGCAAAGCAGAAACUGCCGAGGAAGCGGAAGAAGCACAUCCCACCUGCCCCUCAAGCCAGCUCCCCUACCUUCUGCAAGACGGACUUGAACAUGGCCUGCAAUAGCACGCAGGGGGACAUCUGCUUGGGCAAGGACAACCAGCUGAUGGAACACAACAGAUCAUCAGCCACCGUGUCCCACCCUGUUGAAUUCCAUGGUGUUUUGCCUCAGUGUUUGUCUCUUGUAUCAGCUUUGCCUAUGCCACAUAGUGGGCUGUUAAACAAGAUCCUAAAAAGAAGCAGCCACUUACAAGGAACAGUGUUAUCAGGUGAAGACAGUGCAGGAAGUGAGCAGCCACUCUCACCUGGUGAAAGGCUCCCUCCCAUCAGACGCUCUAGUACCAGAGACAAAAACAGAAGAGGGGGAACAUGUUUCCUACUGACAACAGGUGAUUACACGUGUGCUACUGAUGGAGGGAUCAGGAAAGGCUACGAAAAAUCUCGAAGCUUAAACAACAUAGCUGGCUUGGCAGGCAAUGCUCUGCGACUGUCUCCAGUAACAUCACCCUACAGCUCACCUUGUCCUCUAAGGCGCUCUCGGUCUCCCAUCCCUUCUAUCUUGUAAACCAGAUGUCGUCAAUCGGCUACAUAGUAUUAAUUCAAAUACUGUUUACUGCAUAAUGGAAAUAAAUGUAGCAUUAACUAUAGGCUCCACAAAUAUGGUAUAAUUCCUGCAUGAUGUAACUGUCAGUAAUAAAUGCCACUUGGGUAGCUGAAGAUUUUUAUCUUGGCUUUUAACAAUUACCUAAGGUAGUGCUUCUCCUUUUAUCUGCUAUAUUGUCCUACCUUCCUGUGGCAAUAAAAGGACAGUUAGUGGAUGCCAUUGGCCAGUAUAUUCAAUAAAUAAGCAUAUUUUCAGGGAGAUAUAUUUUAAAUAAUGUGCUUCCAACUAAUUACCAAUCACUCCAUUGAACCUUCAUUUCCUGUGACUCUACUCCAUUCUGAAGAUGUCUGGAAUCGUGUCUUGGUUGCACACAAUGUGACUUGGGUCUGCUCAUUUGCAUGGACCAUCCUGUCUCCAUCACCUGACAAGCCGUGUUGCUGAUUACGGAGACCACAGAUGGCUCUGGAUGUGUGUUCUUGCAUUGUACCAUCUUGCUGAAAUGAAAGCACUGAUAAACUGUUCUGCAUGUGGGAUUGUUUUUCUUUGUUUAACCUUUUCCUUUAUUUUUUAACAAACUACUUGUUUAUAAAUGGUUUUAUUUCUUGAUUAACUUACUUUGGUACUAGAUUGCUGUAUCAGAGUUCUGAAUGUCUCCGGUUGUUUGCACACAGAUAACUGCAAAGAGGUUGUCAUUACUGGUUACACGCAAGCAGAAGCCAGAUCUCUUUCUUAAUGGCUUGGGGAAGGCACAAAACAUGCAAGAAAGGUAAAUGCCAUCCAGGCUUGCAAUUUUAAGCUAGCAAGUGCUGCUUGGUACUGUAGUCAUUUCUCUACUCCAGGGUUCUUCAACAUUUUCAGAGGCUGAGUACCAAGUAAAUCAAGAUUAUUUCAUUAUUUUUGUACAACUUUAAGAGGGCAAUAGUUGUCAAGUGGGGUUUUUGACCAGCCUUAUACCUCUGGCUCAUGAGCUUCAAAAACUUCUUCGGUCAAUGUUUUUUGAGGUGCUUUGUCCUAUGUGUUGUUUGUCUGUCUGUUUUGCAGCCUGUCUACUGUAUUUUCCAUCUGUCUCCAUAAAGCACUGAGAUACUGUUAAAAUGCCCCUCUCUUUUGAGAUUAACUAAGGACAUUUUUCUCCUUUUCUCUUUUUUCAUGGGGACUAUACAUGUAUGUAUAGAUACAUAUAUAUAUUAUAUAUAUAUUUCAAGUGCAAGUUAGUAUCAUUUAGAAUAACUCAUGCGGGCACUACGAAGAUUUUUUUGAGUGAGAUUUAGUAAUGGUUUUAUAGUUCUGACCAGUUACCUAUUGCAUAACCAUCAAUCCUGCUUCCUAGCAACCAGCAUUCAUUACAGUUUUGAAAGUGUAUCUCCUCUAGUGGCUUUUUCUUUUAAACUAAACCUCUGUUUAUGCAAUAGGACAAAUGCAACAGUAGAUUUGAUAUUCUGGGCUGGUGAGGAAAAAUUACCAUAAAACAAAGAGUUUUACCACUACACGGGGAAGACCAUAACUCCCCAAAUCUUAAGAGAUCCUUGAGAUUGUUGAAU